AUGGCCGCGGCCGAGCGGGACCCGCCAAUGGAGGAGGAGGAAGAAAAGGAAGAAGAAGAAAAGGAGGAGGGUCCCGAGGGCCCCCCCGCUGCCGAGGCCGCCCCCCCGAAGCCGGUGGUGCCGGGGGUUCUUUAUUUGUCCUUCCUCCCCCCGGGGUUCGGGCCCCGCCAGGCCCGGGCGCUGCUGCGGCCUCACGGGGAGCUGGGGAGGGUCUUCCUGCAGCCCCGCGGGGGCUCGGUGCGGCGGCGCCGGCAGCGCCCGGGGGGGUCUCCGGCCGCGGCGUUCUGCGAGGGUUGGGUGGAAUUCCGGGACAAACGCGCGGCCAAACGCGCGGCCAAAAUCCUGCACGGGGCCCCCAUGGCCCCCCGGCCCCGCAGCCCCUUCCGCCACCACUGCUGGAGCGUCAAGUACCUGCCCGGGUUCCGCUGGCCUCACCUGAGCGAGCGCCUCAGCUACGAGCGCCAGGUGCGGGCGCAGCGCCUGCGGGCCGAGGUGGCCCAGGCCAAGCGCGAGGGGGGGUUCUACGCCCGCCGCCCCCCCAAGGACCCCCCCAAAACCUCCGGGGACCCCGCCGCCCCUCCCCCCAGCUGGGGCUACGCCCAAAGACCGACGGAGGAGGAGAUUUGGGGGCGCAAAGCUCGGCCCCCCCCGGCCGCGCCCCCCCAGCGGCUGCUGGAGAAGGUGUUCGGGGCGGGGAGGUGAGACCCCCACCCAAAUCCGGGGGGGUCUGGGAGGGUCCCCAGGGCCCCCCCGAAUUUCCUCGAGCAGCACAAAACGCUUCCUUUGUGUUUUUCUCCUUAAAACUUUUAUUACUUUUAACAAAAA